CAAACGGCAAUUCUACAAAAAGGGGCGUUAACCAAAGCUGUUGACAAUGUAAACAUGAACAAGAAAGUAAAGAAGUUAAACUUCACAUAUUUUGCUCGUGUCUGGAUAAUAGUUGUAUCGAUCGUCAACUUUGGAGAUUCUCUACAGUAUUUCAAAGACAAUUCUCUAUUAUCAAGGCUUAUAUAUACCCAAACACCACACUAUGCUAAUCCUGUAUUUGGAAGGAUUUAUGGGAUAUUUAACUUUCUGCUGGCAGCUCUGAGAUUUUCCUGUGCCGUUGACAUUCACAACAAAAGCCUUUAUAAUCUGACUCUCCUAUCAUUUGCUUUAACUUUUGGAAACACAUUUACGGAAGUAGUUGUAUUUAGGACAGCAAGUGUCAAUUUUGCAAUCCUAUCCAACCUUGCACUUUCUGGUAUAUCUGUUAUAUCCUUAUUGUUCGGAUUUAAAUUUGUAUGUGAAGAAGCAGCCACAGACCUAGAGUCUGAUACUUUUUUGAGGACGAAAAGAUCUUAGACUUUAAUCAUGUUUUAUGAAUGUAGGACAAAUAUUGUUUAUUCAUUAACAAUACAGUAUUUUGAAACAAUAUAUUGCACAUGUAAAUAUAAAUACCUGCAGGAACAUAAUUUUUUUUUAAAAAUCAAGUAUAACGUGUGAAGAAGAAAUUGUGACUGACUCAGUCAGGAUUCAAACCGUUGACCCCCUGAAAUCUUAAUGCUCUUCCAAAUGAGCUAUAUGGCAAUCACUGAAGGAGCCCUUCCCUCCCUUUUUUAAUGUCUUCACCCUUAAAGACACCAGCCCUCAUUCAUCCUGGGCAUCUUUACUUGUCUCACUCCCAGUGCAUGGUUACUAAGAGAAUUAAUUGACUGCAUGUAUCACUCUAAGUCCCAUUAUAAACAUCAAUAUAAAGAAGAGACUUAAUGCUUUCAUUUCUUAUAACAAAAUUUCAUUUGAAAGUUCAGGUAUUGGAAAACAGGCUUUAUGAAAUCGCAAUGUUACUGUAUUUUGCAAGAAACAGGUAUAUUUGAGUACCUUCAGCAAAGAAUUAAAAUAUAAGCACAACCCUUGAUCCAAAAAAAUGAAACAUAUUUAUUCUUCAGAAAUAGUUCCAUCAUUAUAUAAUUGUACAUUGUGCUCUAACAAAGUACUGGGAAAUAGCUUAAGCUUUUGGCCAUUUUUAAAGAAAUUUUCAGGAUAUAAUGCAAUCAAUUGCUAUAGGGGAAUGAAGAGUUUUGUUUCAUGCCCCAGUAUUACAUGCACAACAAAACACAUACCUUUAUCUUGAAUAAACUUCAUCAAAAAUGAUAACAUGUAUUAUGAUUGUCCAAAUGGAAGUCUCAAUUUAUUUCAGUGUUCCAAUAUGGUAACAGCCAAAAAUAUUGUAACAGAAAUAACCCAUAACAUAGACAAAGACAGAAAGUAUCAU